AUGGCCAGGGCAGCCGACGAAGGAGAGGAACCUCGCGAACGCCAGCAGACACAACCGCUGCAGGCACGGGAGGAGACCCCCGAGAAGUCGGCAGCUCGGGCGUUUGCUCAGCAGGUCUUUGCUGAGCUUGACCUGGUCUUGAAAAACCUUUGUGAGAGCAAGCGUUCUAAUGACCCCAUUGAGAGAGGGAGUGAAGCCAAUUUAAUCUCUUCAAGCAGCACAGGCACUAUUUCAGCGCAUCAAGUCCCCAUGUCUGCUGCUGGAAGCAAAAGAUCUUCUUUUUCUCUCGAGCAAUCAGGGAUAUACAUUUCUUGUGGUGACAACCACGGCAUUGAGCCACAAAACCGAGAGCAGUACUUGAGUCAUCUGCAGCAGAAAGAAGUUACAGUACAGCAUUUGAAAACAAAGCUGAAGGAGUCUGAGAGCAAACUUCAAGAAAGGGAAACAGAAAUAGAAGAGCUCAAGGCUCAGCUGGCACAGAUGAAGGAAGACUGGGUUGAGGAAGAGUGUAAGCAUGUGGAGCUGGAGCUGCACUUCUGGGAAGCGAGAAGGGAAAGGCACAAACUCCAGCAGGCUGUUGAAAGCAUGAGAAACAGCUUGGCUGAGAAAGAGAAAAAAUUUCAGAAAUACUUCAUAGACAUAAGCAUUGAAAACAGGAAACUGGAAGCUUUGCUGCAGGGCAUGGGGAUGGCUCAGAAGAGCUCUGUGAGAGAUGAGCAGUGCCUGGAGUCCACGUGGGACUCAGAGGGGAAGCCGUUAGCGUUGUGUGCCACGAUGCCAGGCAGCCUCACCACGGAGGACCAAGCUCUGGAGGAGGUGGCAGGCAGUGGGCUGCUUCUUAAUGAGGACACCGCUAACGGGACUGACUCAUUUGAAGAGUAUUUGACCGCCACAACUUCUGGGUCGAGCGAUCCAGCUCCCUCCAGUUCCUCUGAGUGUCAAGAGAUGCUUGAAAAUGUUCUGGAUGAAAAAUCAACUUCUUCUCAGGAGGAGGAGAAAAUCAGCAAGGUGAUGGUGGAACAGGCCAUCCCAACUGACCUGGUGCCAUAAAGCCUAGAUGUGGAGUAGCUCAUUCAGAACAUCUUCAGAGCUCGAGAUGCCUGCCCUCUAAUCCCACCUGCUUCACUGAAGGAAUUGGGUGAAAUUUCUCUCGGAAGCGUCCGUGAUUCUGCUACACUAGUGGACUUAACUCGGAGUGAUCCAAACUCUGCCGUCCUCUUGUCUCCUAGGGAGUCUCCAUGCAGGAAGGUGGAGCACAGAGUUAAUAAAAACUGUUUUGUGAAAGAACUUGAUUUUGCAGAACCUCAUCAUGCUGAAGCUUUUGGCUAUGUCAAUACCCUCUCUCGGACAGCUUGAGUAUUUCACUAGUCUUGUGCGUAUACAGGGACUGUAACCGAAAAUGUACAUUGUUGGGAGCCUUGAAACAUCUUACAAUGAUAAGUACAGACGUGGAUACGCUCUGAAUAUUAAGACCUGCCUCAUCCUUGUGAUGCCAGGUUCUUAAUUACUUGGGCUGGCCACAAAGAUCCAGGACGGUUCCUUAAGCAUUGUAUUAAGGAAGGGAAGGGAAAUCUAACAGACAAGUUGUCUCUGUCUCUCUCUCUUUCUCUCUUCUCCUUUCUUUAAUGAAUUGGAACUAGCUCCAA